UGUAGCCUUGCGUCCUUCAUCGCAGGCUUAGAGAUACUUCUAUAAUAAUUAUUUGCAAAAUUCCCAACACCCUGCAAUUCUAACUAAUCCUUAUCUUUAAGAAGAGUUGAGUACCUGUGCGGAUUUUCCAUAAAAAUCACCACCUUUUCAGACACGAAAAAUGAAACAUUUACCUAUUAUGAAAGAAACGUAAAAAGUGAACAAUUAACACAGUAAUAGAACAGUAAAGGUUUUUCAGAUACAAUUACGAACAGAUUAUUCGAUGACUGAUUUAAGAGGCGAUUUAUCAGGUUUAUAUUUGAAAUCUGGAUUGAAAGGAUUCGAAAUAACUUUCGUGAUGACUGAUUCUCAUAUCGCCGAUGAAAAAUUUCUCGUACUUAUAAACGAUAUGCUCGCUUUUGGCGAAAUCUCCGAAUUAUUCGCCGAUGAAGAGGCAAAUAAUAUCGCGAACGCCUUAAGAACUGAGGUAAAACAAACCGGUAUAAUAGACACCAAAGAAAAUUGCUGGAAAUUUUUCAUCAAUCGAGUUCGAAAUUUGCUAAAAUGCGUUCUUUGCUUGUCUCCCGUUGGUGCAACAUUAUGAAACAGAGGUAGACAAUUUCUAGCAAUCGUAAACAACACUUUGAUCAAUUGGUUUCAAAACUCGCUACAGGGCGCUUUGAGAUCCGUUUCCACCAGGUUCUUAGAAGCAAGACAAUUUAGCACAUUCUUGAUAAAGCUUAAGUCAUUUAUUUAAUUUAAUUUAUCAUAAGACAUCAGUGUGAAUGAAAACAACUAUUAUGUUUUACCUUUUAUUAAACUAUUUAUUACAUUGAAAUGUUUAUAA